AUGAACCAAACAAGCUGUUAUUCAUUCAUUUUUAAACUCAGUCGCAACUAUCCGACUGCUAGUCAAAAUCGUUUAGCUAAAAUUCUUGAACGAGUUGAAACAACAUUGAACAAUUUAUUCCAAUCUAAAUCUAUUACUGAAGCACAAUAUAUGGCUAUGAAGAUCGAUCGAUCUACAGUACGAACGAAUUAUUUAUAUUUCGUAUCAGAUACACAUAAAGAAGGAAUUCCAGUUCAACCAAUUAUGGUAUGUAAUGAGGGACCAACUAUGGGUAUUAGUCGUUAUCCUGGUCGUCUUCUUGGAUUACUUUUUAAUGAUGCAACUCAUUGUAAAAAAUUACGCAAAGCUUAUAAUGUUAUACAUGCUAUGGAAUUUUAUCAGAAAAGUGGUCAACUUCGACCAACGAUUUUAUUUGCUUCAUUUAAUAUUGAUAGUUUAUGUUUGAAUUUUUCAUAUCAACAAGUUAUGAAUGCUUUAGAACAUUUUCUCAAUUCUUAUAUCUCAUCAGAUCAUUCUAUUCAAGGUAUGACAAUUAGUACAAUUCUUCAACUUGUUCGUCUCGUACUCGAUGAACAAUAUUUUAUUUACAAUUAUAAAUUAUAUCGAAAAACUGCUGGUAGUGCUUCUGGUCCAUUAUUAACUAUUCCAUUAGUGUAUAUCUAUUUAUUUUAUUGGCAACAAGAUUUAUUAGAAGAUCUUAUUAAUAAGAAUGAACUCUUUUUCAGAUAUCGUAAUGAAGCAUUUAUUACAUGGAACAGAUCUGAAGAUGAACUUCGUACAUUACUUGCUAUGGCUAAUUCACAAUUUUCACAACCUAUAUUGAAUAUUACUCAUAUUGGAUUAAGGAUUCAUUUUCGUGAUAUCCUGAUAACAAACAAUAAUGGUAUUCUUCAAACAGGUGUUUAUCAUAAACUAAUGUUCGACGAUAACGAAUUACUAUCAUCAUUUCCCGAUAUCAUUCAACCACCAAUAAUACAAGAUAGAUGGAAAUGGCUAUAUGCAGCUUUUUUAAAAGCCUUCCGAUACUGCUCCGAAAACGACACUUUUCACGAAGAAACGGAUGAAAUCAAAUGUCAACUUAUACGAUAUCAACUGCCUGAUUCUAUCUUCAGUGAAGCCCAUCAAGAAAUUAUCGAAGAUUUUGGUGCAUCGACUCUCUACCCACCAUUUACUAAAUCUAAUUAUGAUAUCAUCCGUGAACAUAUUUUAGAUUAUGAUAGAUAUCGAAAAGCAAAGAAAAAACAAAGAAACGCUGAACAGAACAAAGAAAAAGAAAUACUAUUGCAACUUCCGUAUAUACCAAACUUGGAAGGAAGUAUCAUAGGAAAAAUCGAACAACAAUUCCAUACAAACUUGUAUCAAUAUUUAAAAGACCACCGAACAAUGCAACACAUUUAUAUGAAAAUCAAGCAAAAUUAA